UAUGAAGUCAUUGACACAAAGUCUAGCAUGUCUGAAUUUUCCACGUCCUUAGACGAUUCGGGCGACAGAAUGCGUCUUGUCAACGCCACACCGAUUUUUGUGCGAAAGGAUGGCUCGCCAAUGGGCUUCCACGUGCCGCAAGAUGAGCCGCAGCGGGAAGCGCUUAUUAGGGUAAUUGAAACCAACGGUGGCAUUGCUGUUGCUGCCAGAGAUGCAGACAUGGUCAUCUCCGCCGAAUACAACGCCUGGAGCCCGCGCUACUUGCCCGACUUUAUCUUCGAUUCUGCGGCGCAGGGCGUCGUGCUCCGGCUUGACAGCUUCCGCACCCGGCUUGUGCAGGAAACAGAUGCUGAUCUCGAUCGUGAGUUUAUGGAUGAGCCGAUGGGGGUGCACUCGGGGGCUGCUCCUGAGUGGGCCCAGCCACCUGUGGAGCGUACACACGCGUAUUACAUGCCACUGCCCGACGCCACAGCCCCAAAUCGACCGCAACCAUCACAACCCCGUGUAUACCAGUCAACCCCCCGACAGAUGCCACAGCUAUCCAAGCUGCGAGCCGUCGUGCCUAGACGGCCGGAGGCCAACCUCUUCACCCCCGAAGAAGACGAGAUAAUCCUCGAGGAGGUCCGACGCAAUCCAUCACUUCGCAACACACAUUCUUUUUUCGAGGUUAUUUCUCGGAAAAUGCCGUCGCAUUCCGGGCCCUCCAUCCGCCAUCGCUACCGCACCCAUCUCCAGUCGCAGCUCGAGUACGUUUACAAAAUCAAUCCACAGACGAACAAGCCGGUAACGGUGGAAAACGGGGCACUAAAGACAACCAACGUGCUUCCGCGCCCUUUGAAGUUGAAAUACACCGCCGAUGACGACUAUGCGUUGGCGGUGGCGUUGCUUCUGAGUCCCACCGGCCCCACCACCUCCCGGGGGUUCUAUAAAAUGUUUGCAGAGAGACACACCAACCACUCUGCUGACUCCUGGCGCGACCGGUACCGCAAGUUUCUCGCCGUACACGGUGUCGUCGAGUAUAAGCAGUACUAUGAGACGGAAAAAGCCCAGGGGCGUGUUCCGGAGAUGCUCAAAAACAUGACCAGCAGAAAGAACCCGGGAGCGCCGAGUAUUGAUGACCUGGUACGGAAAAGAGCCAGAACUGAAACAUCUGUGGCACAGUUCGAUGCGCUUCUUGGAGCCUACUGCAACACUCCCGAAGAAGGAACAACCACCGUACAGGUGAGAGAAACAACGUUUGAUGAGUCAAUUUCCCAGGCGGUACAUAACUCGCGUUCGGCAGCACAUACCGACACAUCCAUUCUGGCAGAGAUCUAUGAGACAGGGGCUGAGACCAUUCAGCCUCAAAUGCGUUCAGUGAAAUCCGCUGCCAAGAGUUCACCAAAAAAAUACGCUGAUUCGAGUGUACUGGAGGUUAUUGCGAGGUUGGCAGCGCGAGGAAAGCCGAAAAUUCGGGACAGCGAGACUGAGAAGGCUAAACAUCCACGGGCUGACGACAGGAAAGUGAGAAAAAGCCCUGGCUCAGUUAAGUCUUCCCCUCGGGUGAACAGCCCUGCUAAACCGACUCGCACUUGCAAACAUAUGUUCCUCGGUAACGACGAAAGCCGUGCCCCUCCCGUAGAAUCUGUCGCGGCAGCCACGACGGAGACCCAUACCACUCCGCUCGGCUCCCGCCUGAAGGUGUUUCCUUCAGGGCCACUCGUUUCGCCAGAUUUAGCUAAACUUUUGGGGGAAUACACACCGACCCGAGAUCCGGCAGUCUCGCCGUCCCCCGUUAGAGCAGGGAGGGCCUCAAAACUGCCACGAGUGAAAACAGAAAAGUUUGCAAUGCUGACCCAGACUCCUCGCGUUGAUAAAAGACGAUCAGUUGUGACUGAGUUGGUUCCCACACCGAUCUCUACCCUGGAUCAGCAGCCACUGAUAGAUACGUUGUCAUCCAGAAACCCUAGUUCUUUUCCUGUUCGGACAAACGUCCCAGAAACCAUUCCGCGGCCAGUUGCCCUAAAAACUAUGUUGCGCUUUGCUUCUAGUGACGAGUCAAGCGACGAGUCGGCUCCUGGCAAACCUGUUGCUGACAUGACCGCGAGUGUGUCUCUGGCCCGAAAAAUGCCGCAGUCUGAGAGAAAGCCAACCCACUCAGCGACCGAAGUGAGGCCGCCGGAACAUAUGCUGGAAGCAGGAAAACGUUGGUUGGGGUUGAACUCUAAUGAUAUUUUCCGUAUUUCGGAUCGCAAAGAGAACACCAUCGGCCUUGAUAGUGAAUCUCCAUCUGCUACCCCUACUCGGGUUCACUCCAAACAGCAGCAGCCAGUUAUAGCGGAUAGCGAUGAUGGGCCAGUGAGUAAAGGCACAAGCCCGGAGGAACCGGCUGAGUCAAACACCCGUGAAGCACCUGUAGCUCCACCGACUCCUCAACGUUACACCAAGGAGUUCCAGCAGCUUCUCGAGUGGUCCGCGUUCGCCCGUAUUAAGGAGUCAUCUUUUUCCCCGCGCUUCCACGCUAUCGGGAUUCAGGAGGCACUCAGCCGUCUAAAAGGGUUGGCUAAGCGCUACCCCCACGGUGUCAGUUUUGAUGUUCUCUUGCUGGACCUUGAAAACCACGUGGGGCUCGUGAAUCCAUUAGUGGGUAGCAUGCUCUUCUUUUGCACGGGAGACUUGUUCCUCGUUCCGCAGUACUUUGAGGCGGCUAUGGCACAUGGAAAAAACUCUCAAGUACAGACAAUCCCCGGGGUCUGGUGUACUAAGUACGACCUGAUGUUGCGCUCCAAGGAUGAAGAGGCUGACCGCUUCUUAUGCGAGUUCCAUGGCGAGGAGAAUGUAAUUGCAAGGCGCGAGUUUUUGCUUAAUUUUCCAGACGACAGAGAGACCGGUACUGAAGGGUUAGGCGCGUUUUGGAAAUAAGUCAUUGGAAGGGCUAGUGAAUUUUACAUAACUCUCCGAAGAGGGAAAAGAAUGUUCAGAGGGUUGCUUGUAGGUGAAUCGUUUGACAAUGACUUUUAUUUAUGGCAUAGGAUGGUAUUUUGAUACUAGGUCUUUCCAGGUUGUGAUCAUGCUUAGGGCUAAAUCUUUCCAGCUCGUAAUCAUGCUUAGGGCUAGAUCUUUCCGGUUUGCGAUCAUGUUAAGGCUGUUUUGCGUAGAGAAAUUCAAAGACAUG